AUGCAGCAAGCCGGCGUGAUGCCGCAAUCUAGGGGGCCCGGCCGCACCCGCAGCCCAGCUUCCCUAUCCUGCAGCCUCGGCCCCGACGUGGGGCGCCGCGCUCCUGCCACUAGCAAUGGCCAUGCGGAUUCACGUGACCGCUACGGGUACCAUGAUGGCCAAAAAUCCCCGGACCGGUAUCCGAACCGCUCUCGAUCCCGCUCGCCAGGUCGCCGAUGGGAAUCUCGUGACAAGGCCCGCAACGGACGCGACAACUUUGGGCACCGUCAAGAGGACGCAGGUCGCAGCUCCGAGUACCGUCAACGAAGCCCAGCUGGUCGUCGCGCCAGCCCUUCGGGACCGUCUCAGCACAGUCAGUACGAAAAAUGGAUAGAGUACGAUCGGACUCUUCCUGAGGGCAAGAUUCGCGUCUACAGCCGAACAUUGUUUGUUGGAGGUGUCACAUGUUCUGAGCCAGAGUUGCGCAAUAUCUUCACCCAGUAUGGUCAGGUCCAGACCUGCAUUGUCAAUAAGGAUAAAAGACACGCCUUUGUUAAAAUGUUGACACGGAAGGAUGCCGAAGCUGCCAAAGAGGCGCUCGAGUUUCCACAAGGGCCCGAGGGCUUGCAAUUAAGGGCAUGCAUCAGCAUCAUCCCCAUCAGCGAGCUUACGGAAGCAGAUCGCAAGUGGAUGCUGACAGCUGAAUACGGCGGCAGCGGUGGAAAACCCAUCGAGACUGGUCUCGUGGUCGAAGAACCCGACAUCGAGAUUGGUGCUGGCGUGUCGUCCAAGGCUAUCAGUCGCCGGAUGCAGACCGACAAGGGUGGAAGCCACGGACCCAAGUCGUCUCACGUUGAUGAUCGAUGGCGGCGUAAGAAUGGUGGUGGUCAUGGCGGUCGAGAUCGUCGUGAUGACAUGAAACUCUCCGGCGCCAACUCACAGCCUGUUGCGAACAACCAGUUUGUGCAGGGCAACGGCUUCAACGGUUUGCCAACUGCACCUCCGAACUACGGCGGAUGGCAGCAGAAUAGCCAGUAA